GUUUUCUUCUCUUCGCCUUCUUCAAUUAAUCUUCACGAUCACAUUCGCUUUUGAAUAAUUCUCGACUCUUCUAUCUAAAAUCUACUAUUAGAUAUAUACCCACUAUCGCUUUGAAUUUUCCGGUGGCCAAUUGAUUUAUUUCUAUUCCCAAUUACUUCUCUUAAAGCCCCGAGAAGUGACGAUCAAUAUUUCAACAUUCCGUCAGUGCAAAGAGUUGAAAGCUGAGAGCUUGAUAAACGUUUGCGUCGAAGUCUAUCAGGCCUAUCAAGUUCAAACAUCCCGACUUAUCUCUAUCCACCUUUUCAUUUACAAGGAUUAUUCUUGUAGGUACUUACGUGGUGAGUACCCACUAGCCAAGGCAGGUAGCACCAAGGAACGACUACCUCCUUCGUACGAGCCCAGCCCGAAUAAUUAAGACACAUAACGUCAUAUUCCUAUUAUUGCAUAGAAUUCAAGACAUACUAAAGUUUCGAUCCCCCCACACCACCAGUACUCUUAUCACCGUCCUUCCCGUUUCCAAACAAACGAAUAAAACCCGAUAAAAGGUCCCAUUGAUACCGAUAUUGAUAUCAACCAAUCUCUCUCUUUUUAUACGAAUAAGCUUGAUUCGUAUUACACACUCAUAGGAAGGGCCGGGACUUGGACCAAUUGCCGAUUGACUAAGAAAAAGAGAGAGAAGCCACAGCGGCUGUUUUGACCGCGGUGGAGAAUUCAAGUCGUAGGAAUAAACGACGAUGAAAUACGGGGAACACUUUGAGGAAGAGUCGGUUCCAAGCUGGGGUCUACACAAUAUCGACUAUAACUCACUAAAGCACCAGAUCAAGGCGCAUACGACCAAAGACCAAGCCACUGCCAUAGCAAUUCCCGGACAACAAGACUAUGCUCUGAAAAGAUUCGAAGAUGCUUUCUACCUCGAGCUCUGUAAUCAACAUAACCGAGUCGGUCUCUUUGUCACGAGCAAAGCAGACGAGAUCUCCAGACGCCUACGUCACCUUUCGGACUCUGUACACCAGCUUAUAGUACGAUGUAACAAUGCGGGUGGUGUAUCACCAAAACGACAACGACGGUUGGCCAAGUACGCUCUACAAAUCGACGAAUGCGACGACGAUAUUAAGGCGCUGAGCCGAUUCGUUAACGCACAAAUAAUAGCAUUCCGAAAGAUCCUUAAGAAAUAUAGGAAAUGGACCGGCUCGACAACGUUAGGUAGCCGUUUCAAAGAGAACGUGCUGAGUUCGCCUAAGAGCUUUACGAGGCGCGACAUCACUCCCCUUCGACUACAACAUCAUGAGCUACUCACCACUUUGGAGGCCGCCUCUCCCGACAUCGACUCCCUCCAAGCCGAGCGCCAGAAACAAAAACAAAAAGCGCAUUACGAACCCAAUAACAGUCGCCGAUCGUCUCUAACACAACAACCAAAACCUACGUCGGUGAGCACUCCAGGAGGCUCGUCGAUGACGUAUUGGAACGAAUACGAGCACGGCAGCGAAGCGGGCGAUUACGACGACGGCGGGUACGCAUUAUACAUCGACCCGAACGCGACGACGGAUUUCCCAGGGUUCAUCUACGUCAAGACCAUGUUCACGGCCCCGGUAGAUAAGGUCCGACACUGGCUGAAGUCACGGUCGCCGCGCUCGGCCGAGAGACAAUCGCUCCUUCCCGGCCGUGGGCAAUCACCUGUCGAUUACUUCAGCACCGGUCAUUCGGCCACUGCCCACACCACCGACAACGAAGCGACCGAGGACGAAUACGCGUCGUCACUAAACUCAAGCAUCGGUCGUAGGAACAAGUCCCAGUACUCCGCCUUGCCAGCCACCGAAGAGAACACCGAUUACCAUAUCUCCCUAUACCAUGACACGGUACUGACACGCACCGUGGUCCUGGCCUUCGUCACGGCCUUCAUACUGCUAGCUAUCUCGGGGAUCUUAAUCGCUACGGGCCGUCAUAAGAUGCGCCUCGAGGUCGACGCGGGUGUCACGGUCGGAUCGGUCGCCAGCCUGUUCUGCGCCUGCAUGGGCUUAGGGGCUAUGCUAUACCGCAAGUACCCCGUCGGCUUCUUGUACACGAUCGCUGUGUGGGCGGCGUUCGUAGCGGUGUGCGCACUUAACGGCAUGUUGCUUGUGCUCGUCGUCGGGAGUAACGGGUUAUGACGCCGUCCUGAGUACGGUCGUCUUAGCUUUACCGGAAGUCUGGGUAGAGGCUCGGCCGCAUAUAUAUCUCGUGCUUCCCUAGGUGGGUAGGUAUGCAUACAUAUAUGUAUGAGGU